GGAGAACUCACGCAUGCAGUUCCUCCUCACGCCCCGUUCAGACAAAACCCUGGGGAAAUUGGGACCCGGAGUUCGGACUCCGACCCGGAACAUAGUGGAGACGAGAUGAGCUCCCGGGAGAGCUCCGCGGAGCAGGAUAUCAGUGAUACCAGUGAUAAACUAGAAACUAAACUCAUUAAAAAACCGUUUAGUGAAGACGUAGUGAAUAAUAACAAGGAGACGGAUUACCUGGCUCGGAGCUGGGUGAUGAACCCGAUGAGAAUGACCGGAAACCUGGAGAUAAGACGAGGAAGUGAGGAGGAAACAUCCGGAAGAGAGAGUGAGGGGAAGAUGAGUGAGAGUGAGGAGGAGAAAAGUAGUCCUAGGUCGGAUGAGAGGGAUUUAAACAUGAAUAGUGGAAUGUUUGGAUCCAAGUUUCACGGGUUGGAUUUGGAUAAUCCAUUGACCGAACAGUUGAAGAGUGUUACAGAUCGAAUAUCUCAGCUUGUCUCCGAUACUGGAAACGCAGACAAUCCUAAGACAGCUCAGGAUCUUGCAGUUCUUCAGACAACCCUGUUCUCAUUGCAGCAGCAACAGAUCCUUCAGAUGCAGAUCCUGGCUCACAUGCAGACCCAGAUGAAGGGAGGGGACGGAUCAUAUCAAUCCAAGAUUGGUUCCGGGAUAGAUGCCAGUAAUCCUUUGUUUAAACUUAAUCAAGAGCUGGAAAAAGUUGAUGUUGGAACGGAAUCUCUCCGGAAAUUGCAGGAGUUUAUUGGUUCUGAGAACCAACCAACAAAAAGUGAACUGGACAGAUCGAUAACUAGUGAUAGUUUCAACACUCCACCUGGACACCCUGGUUCUCUAGGUUCAGCUCCAAUCUCAAGUAUUAUCACGGAGCACACAGAUUCAUCUCCUCUCAACUCCCUUGAGCUACUCCAACAGAAAGCUCAGGGUAUCCUCAACAAUGCGAGCCAUGGUUUACUCAAGCAUAGUUUAGCAGAUCUAUCCUACAAUAAGAAUUUAUCCAAGGAUGAUCCCCACUUUAAACAUCGAUGUAAAUUCUGCGGGAAGGUUUUUGGAUCAGAUUCUGCUCUUCAAAUACAUAUCAGAUCUCAUACCGGAGAACGACCCUACAAGUGUAACGUCUGCGGGAACAGAUUUACAACCAAAGGAAAUCUCAAGGUUCACUUUCAGAGACACUCCCAGAGCUUCCCUCAUGUUCAGAUGAACCCAAACCUGGUCCCGGAGCAUUUAGACAAGUUCUAUCCACCGUUACUCAAGCAAAUUGAGGACGCGGAGAAGAAGGGAAUCCCUCCUCCGUCAGCUAGGAAUCCAAUGGCUGGUAUGCUUCCGAUUAUACCACCUGGAACUAAACCUCCCAUGGGACUACCAGGUUUCCCUAAACUGGACACUCCAGUUUCAUUUCCUAAUCUGCCGCAGAUGCCACAAUUUGGCGGUAUGCCAAGAAUGUCUCUUCCUAACCUUCAUAGCAUGCCUAGAAUGCCUUUACCAGGCCUACCCAGUGAACCGGUGAGAAAAGAAGAUCUAGUUGCGAAAAUGCAAUUCUCACGAGCUCCUCCGCUCUCCGUUCUCUUCCCAUUCCCUAAAUUUGAGGAGAGUGAAGUUAAACCUCCGAAACCCAGCCCAGAGCUAGCUUUUAGACCAAUUACACUUGGUCCGAGACAAGAUAACUCAACAAGUUCUGUUGAACCUGAAGUUGAUCAGGAUAAAGCUCUGAUUAAAAGAGAAGAAUCUCCGGUUGAGGAUGAAGAUGACUCAGCCCAAGAAGAACCUCAGAAUCUGAGCAAAGAUUUGCAUAACGAUGAUAGAGAAUCAGAUACUCAGAGUAAUCCUGAAUCUCCUCCUCCUUCUCAUGAACCCCAACCCUCUCCCAGUGAUCAUCAACCAUCCCCUCGCGAUCAUCAACCUUCACCCCAUGAUCUACAACCUUCUCCUCGUCCUGCUCCCCAUCUCUUCCCGCCUCAUCUCACACAUCAUCAACAUCAUCAGCAGCAACCCCCUGUAUCAUCUCAUCUAUCCUUCCAUGAUAAACCUCCAUUCUUCCCGUUCCCACAGAUUCCAGGAAACAUGUUCCGACCCCAGUUUAUGCCCCGUCUCCAGCUACCAGUAGAUUCUAAAAUGCUUCCCAACAUGUUCCAUCCUCCUCCACAGAUGGAUAAUACAGAUGAAGCUUGGGAGAACUUUAUUGAGAUAGAUAAGGAAGGAGAGACGAGUAAACUUGAACACCUUGUCAACUCCUUGGGACAUAAACUCUCUGAUCCUAACGAGUGCAUUGUCUGCCACAAAGUGCUCUCGUGCAAGUCAGCUCUACAGAUGCACUACAGGACCCAUACCGGAGAAAGACCGUACAGAUGUAAGAUAUGCAAGAGAGGGUUUACCACAAAGGGUAACCUGAAAACUCACAUGAGUGUUCAUCAGAUCCGAGCUCCGGUUAGAGCCUUCCAUCAAUGUUUAAUCUGUCAGAAAAGAUAUCCUAAUGCUCUGGUGCUCCAGGAGCAUAUAAAAACUCACUCUGGAGCUCCGACGGAGCUCACUCUGGAUCAAAUUUCCGCAGCAGAAAUCAAAGAUUUCCCAAUGUACGGAAUGCAUCCUGGUUCAAAACCAUUCCAGCUCCCAACUUCACAAUUCAAUCACGAGAGUCUCUUCAACUUCCCGAAUAGUUUUGAUGGCAGAGGAAUGAAGAGAGAAGAAGAUGAAGAGAGUAUACCUGAGAAUGAUAGAGGUUCAAGUGGAUCUUUUGACGCAUCGUCAUCGGAGGGUUCACUCAGCCAAACUAAUCUUAGAUCUAUCGAAAAGCUAAGUGAGCAGCUGAGCAGAAACCAACCAGAAGAUUUAUCUACUAGUAGCAAAAAGCUUGAUGAAGAGAACCACAGGGAGGAGAGUCCCCCCAACUCUCCAAGCCCAGGGGAGAAAACUAGUUCACAUUCCGAGCACAGAACCCCUUCUCCUCUCUCAUCCUCGAUACUUGAUCCAGUGAGACCUGAUGUUAUUCCAAAGUCUGCUCCUAUGAACAGUCCCUUCUCCUCCGGUCCUCUAGACCUGAGCAGUCCCUUCCCUUUCCUCCUAAACUCCCCCUUCUCCAUGCUGGGAGGAAACCCUGCAGCACACUCAGUUUUCUCUCAUCUUGCCAAGACAGGGAUUCCUCAAGAUCUCCAGUCAAUGGGAAUAGUUCUUCCUCCUCAUUCUCUCAGCUUAAACGGGUUCCCUAACUAUAUGACUGGACCUCACCCAGACCAAUAUUUAGGACCUGGGAACUAUAUGUUAGGAAGAGGAAGAACUACUUGUAGAAUAUGCUUUAAGGUUUUCGGGUGUGCAUCAGGGCUUGAAAUCCAUAUGCGGUCUCACACCAAGGAGCGACCUUUUAAAUGUCCGGACUGCGACCGUGGGUUUACAACAAAGGGUAAUUUAAAACAGCAUCAGGCCAUACAUAACAACAGUCCUAGGAAGGAGGACGGGACGGGUUUAUCUGCUCCUUCUCCUUCUCCGAGUGAGGGAUAUAAACGUCCUUCGUCCUCUGACGGAGAGGAUCAUUCUCCGCCCUCUAAGCGUCCAACAGUAUCUCCUGGAGUCCGGGAGGAAGAGGAGGAGAACAGGUUCAGGUUCCAGGUAGCUCCGGAGCAACGAUACAAGGACGGAUAUGACGAUCAGGAAGAUCCUGGAGAUGAUCCUGGAAGAUCCUACGAGGAGGAGAAUCUAUCCUACCGGAGAGAAGCUCUACAGCUCCGACCUGAAGGGUUGAGUCUAGGGGGGAUGCAGGAGGAGAGAUUACCAGCUUCUCUACCUAGAGGGAUAAAUAUACCUCCUCCUCAGCAUAUUACUUCUAUGUAA